GGAAGGGAUUGGCGGCCCGGCGGCCCCCCCUCGCCCCGGUUGGCGCUGGCUCUGAGCCGCCGCCGCCGGAGGAGCGACGAGGCGGAGCCGACCGGGAGGAAAAAAAAGAAAUGCAGAGCUGGCAUCUGGCGCGCACACGCCGCGGAAUAGUCGCAGGAGGCGCCAGCCCGCUGGAUUCCCCCUCUCGGCCGGGCGGGGAGAUGCUGAAGGGCAGCACCCGUUGAUUUGCUGCCUGCCCCUGCCGCACGGCUGGGACUCCCCCCACCCCACCCCAGGUCCCUCCCUCCGUCAAUUCCUUCUCUUUCUCCAGUUCUCUCCAACUCCCUGGCAUCCCCGGUGCGCACACAGUCAUGAAGGCAGACCCUGUUCCCUCGGGGAAGACUGCCGGCCUCUUUUUCCUGGGGCUGCUUUGCCUUGCCUUGGCUUCGGAAAGGGCUGUCUACACGAACCAUUUUCUGGUGGAGAUUCACAAAGGGGCAGAAGCCGAGGCCAAGCAGCUGGCUGCAGAGUAUGGCUUCAGUGGGGUCAGGAAGCUUCCUUUUGUCCAGGACGGAUACCACUUUUAUCACAACGGCUUGCCCAAGAUUCGGAGACGCCGUAGCGCUCAGCAUCAGCUCCACUUGGAAAAGGAUCCUCGGAAUGCCCCAGAACAUCACGUCCCUUCCAUGCCCCAGCCACGCCCCCAUACAGGCAUGCACCCGGGGCGUUGCACCCCAUCCUGUCCCAUUGCCGCUACGCCACUGCUGGGUGUAAAAAGAGACAACUUGGCUUCUAUGUAA